GGCGGCGGCGGCGGCUUUCUCGGCCCCGGCUCCCCGCUCUUCCUUACGGCUUCGCCUCGCUCCUCAGCGGGAGGCUCCGAGCCGCGCCGGCGAAGACGUUCUGUUCUGACUUGGGAAGAAGACAGAUGUGUUCUUCCUGAAAAAAAGGAUGCGUUCUGCAUGGAAAACUCGGUACAGCUUUUUUUUCAGGCAGUGCUGCAAGGAGUUCUGGGAGUUCCGGGGAGAAGAGACCAGCCUCCCUCUGGAGACCUUUACUACAGGUGAAGACCUUCAAACAAGUCAAGCAGACAUAGCAGGAGCUCAGAAGUUUUACAUCAAGCCUCCACUGAAGCUUUGCAGUCCACCAUUCAGAGCCCAGACAAGCGCUGCACUUUUUCAGAUCGCACAAAGGAAGCAACGAGACUCCCACAUCUUUCAGCGAGAAGAAAGGAGGCAGUGGAGCAGACUAAUACGGACUUGUGUCUGGUGGCCUUGCAGUACAAAAGCUGCCUUUAAAAGAGAAGCGCAGCGCUAUUUAAUGAGCUGUGAGAUGAGGCGCUGCUGCUAACGCUCAGAUCCCUGGAUUCAUCGGCUAUUCAUUGUGCUUAAUGUACAUGUUUCUACACCGUGCGUUUAGGAGAUCCCAGAGAAGAGUCCAAAACGGCUGCGGGGGAAAGACCACCAAACAUGCCUACAGAAACACUACCGACAGGUAGCAUGGUGAAGCCGGUCAGCCCUGCUGUGACUUUCACGUCCGCCGUCCCUCUCCGCAUCCUGAACAAAGGACCUGACUAUUUUCGCAGGCAGGCGGAGCCUAACCCAAAAAGACUGAGCGCGGUGGAGAGGCUGGAAGCCGACAAGGCGAAAUACGUUAAAAGCCAGGAGGUCAUCAAUGCCAAACAGGAGCCCGUGAAGCCAGCAGUGCUGGCGAAGCCGCCGGUCUGUCCCGCGGCCAAGCGGGCACUGGGCAGCCCCACCUUGAAGGUCUUCAGCAACAAUGCAAAGACCGAGAGCGGUGUCCAGAGAGAAAAUCUGAAGCUAGAGAUUCUGAAGAACAUCAUCAAUAGCUCUGAAGGCUCCAGCUCGGGUUCGGGGCACAAACACGGUCCCCGAAACUGGCCACCCCACAGAGCCGAUUCGACGGAACUGAACCGACAUUCUUUUGCUGAGUCCUUGAAGGUUUACCCCACACAGGGCCGUAGCAGCCCCCAGGAGAGCAGCUCCAAUGUCAGUAGAAGGCUCCUAGACCAGUCGGCAGAGACUUUCUUGCAUGUCUCUCACAGCUCCUCAGACAUUAGGAAAGUAACUAGCGCAAAGCCCUUAAAAGCAAUACCUUGCAGUAGUUCAGCCCCACCUCUGCCUCCGAAACCCAAAAUUGCUGCCAUUGCCACCCUGAAGUCCCCAGAGAUUGAGGCAGUCGAGUCUGGAUGCGGAGUUAGUAGAAGACCCUCCCUACAGCGAUCAAAAUCAGACUUAAGCGACAGAUACUUUCGUGUCGACGCAGAUGUUGAACGAUUCUUUAACUACUGUGGACUGGAUCCUGAAGAGCUUGAAAACCUUGGGAUGGAAAAUUUUGCAAGGGCUAACUCUGAUAUUAUAUCCCUCAACUUUCGCAGUGCAAGCAUGAUUAGCUCAGACUGUGAACAGUCUCAGGACAGCAACAGUGACCUUAGAAACGAUGACAGUGCCAAUGACCGUGUGCCAUACGGCAUUUCUGCUAUUGAAAGGAAUGCCAGAAUCAUCAAGUGGUUAUAUAGCAUCAAGCAAGCUAGAGAGUCACAGAAAGUGUCCCAUGUGUGAGAAAAUCCACAGUAGAAAAAGCAAGGACUGUAUCUUUGUCUGUGAAUAUUCAGUUGUGAAGGGUUGUGAAGUCUACUUGAAGUCUUGUACACUUCUCAAAUCUCUUUGUGUUGCUUGUUGUGCAAUGUUUCCAAGUUGCAUGCCUGUCAACAUGUGAACUGACCUGGCUUCCACUUGAACAAUAACCAACUGCAAAGCCUGGCUGAGCAUACACAUUAUCUGCCAAAAGUUUAAGACAAGAAUCUAAUUAGGGCUUUAGUAUAAUCAAAGUGUUUACAUGGAAAGGUUAUAUGACUUCUUUGGUAUUUAUGUGGUUCCUCGUGGGUUUUAUAUGUCACUUUUUGUCUUAAUACAGAUAUCGUCAACUGACGUUUCUAGGUUCUAAGUUGAAAUGGAAUCCCGUAUGGGGGGAGAGUGGGGGUGGGGGGAGAAAAAAUUGGCCACUGUAAGAGAUUUAGACAUGCAACAGUAGUCAAAGCAACCUUAUCUCUUGUAGAAGGUGGAUUAUUGGCACCUGUAAAGCUGUUUCUGAAAGGCAAGGAACGCGCUGUUCUUUGCGAACAUAUGUAUCCCUACCUGUAGUGAGGGACUGCUUAGGUUUCUGUUUCUAGGUAAGCACCCUCAGUCUCACAGCUGAGGUGGUCUGAUGAAUCUACUUGACCACUCAUAAGCUAAAUGAGUAUUGCAUUUGGUUUGGUGUAAGCAUUUUAAUGAUUUUGUAUUACCCUGUUGGAAAAGCUUAAAGAAGGUUGGAGUCAACACACAGAAGCAUCGUAGGUGCGGGAUUUUGGGGGUUUCGUUUCUACUCUAAGGUUCCUGGUCUUAAACUUUUGACAGGAAUGAUUAGAUCCUAUAGCUGAUAUUGAAUGCCUUUAUUAGUCAAACACAUCAUGACUACAAAGUCCAUGCUGUCUUUUAAUUUCUUUUGUAGACCUAUUUGAACAGUUAAUGAACAAAAAUGGAAACACACAGCCAUAUCAAUAUAACGCCUCCUAUUCAGAAGUAAAUACACUCAGUAGCUGAACUAUAUCUGAAAAAUUGUGAUUAUGUUGUCUUGCAUAUGUUAUAUCUAAGGCUGUGAAAGUUUGUUACAGCUCUAGAAAGUGUAGAAACACGACAGUAUGUAGCUUUAUUUUCUUUCCUCCUUAUGAUGGUUAGUGCUGCAGGUGAACCUGUUACAAAUCCUCCAACAAUCUGUAUCUUCACAGUGGUUUAAUUAACUGUCAUUUCAACUGACAGUUGUGGUGUGGUAGCAGAGGAGUUGAAAGUACAGUGGUCUGCUUCAUUAUUCUUGUAUACAUGCUUUGAAGUAAAUUGCAGCACUACCUUAUACUUCAUCAGCUAAUAGGAAACUUUUUUAUUGUGUAAAUGCUGUAAGACUUUGUAUAUACUUCAGUUGUUACGAAAUCUUUAAAAGGAAGAGUGUUAUGCUAAUAAAUAGCUCCUGGUGCAGGUAUGGUGGGUUUUGAUCAUUUUUUUAACUCCUCCCAUUCUUAAACUAUAUCAGGAACUGUGUUUUAGGUCCACUGAAGUUCUACAGUAAUGGUUCCAAUGAAAGGUUUCUUCCCAGAAGUGCUUUUCAGAACACAGUUUCUUAGAAAGUAACUGUAGCAGCGUGAUCCCUAUGCAGAACUAGAACAAAUUUUCAGGACUCCUAAAAUAGCUUCCUUGCUCCUUACCUAGCAAUGUUCCUGUUCCCAUUUAUAGCAUCUCUUCAUAAUGAAUCACCAUGGUCUUCUGUGUUAUUCUUCAGUAGUGAUUAUUUAUAUAUUUCAAUAUUAAAGUUGUUUUACACAA